AUGAACUACUCGCAGGGCUGGGUGUUCCCUGUGGACAUAAAUGACCAACCCCGCAACUGGCCCACAAUUUACCAGGAUGCAUAUCCACGGACCUCCAUUCCAUGGACUUCGAUUGAAUGUCAAAAUACAUCAUAUUCUCUUAGUGGAGACUUGGAAGUUCAUUCUCUUUCCUUCGCCGAGCCAUCCUCUGCCGCGAAACCUGCAUCGGAGGAAACAUCCUUCGACAUCGUAUUUGAGGACCCGACGCAUCCACGCACUUACCGUGAGAAAAGAGUCCGGUCCAGAGAAGACAUUGCAAAGCAGAAGCAUGACAGUCGUCUUCUGAAAACCUCCGGCGGUGCAUGCAUUUGGUGUUAUCGCAGCAAGAAGAAAUGCGAUCCCACUCAUAUUUGUCAUCCAUGCAGUUCUAAUGGUCGAAAGUGCAUUCGAGACCCAGCGCAGCUGAGCUUGCUGGUGCCAGCUAUAACCUCUUCAAACAACUCUUCAAUAGAGCCUCUGCCCCCCUUUUUCCAUGAGACAUUCGCUGCACUGUACCCUCUCGGAGUGAGAGCCUUUCAGAAAGCGGAAGCUUUGAGUGUCGUGGUUAAUAUUCGCCAAUCGCCCCGAGGAGAUUCCCAAACAUGGGCCAUGGAUCUGACCAGCGCAGAUCUGAAUUUGCCAACGACCACCAAAGCGGCCCUUGAACAGUUUCUGGCCAAAGCGAUCAUGUGCGUGCAGUGCACUCAGCUUUCGAGCCUCGAAGAGGUCUAUGGUUCCCAUCCCCUUGUCCACAAAGCGCUUAAAAUAGCGAAGUUGUUCCUCGCCAUUUCUUGCAUGGCAAAGACUUGUGCUUACGCGCAUUCGGAUGACCUGGACGCGGCACGGUUGACGAUUCUUCUGGCUUUGUUCACCGGCUCUCAAAACCUGGCAGAGAUGUCUCAAGUCUUUUCUGUUGAGCUAUACGACGCGCUGCGCCGGAAAGACUUACAGGACAGCUAUUGUCAUGGCAAAUAUCGACCGCGGACCAAAAGCCCUCUUCAUCCACUCUGGGUUGCCUGCGCGCUCUAUUAUCGAGUCGUUGGCGGCUUGCUGGACUUGGAGCCGAACUCGCCGAUCGCCAGGAUUUUUCGAACACUCGAACCGCAGUUGGAAUGUGUUUACAGCACCAUGUGGGGCGUUGUCAUAUGUGUGUCGUCCAGUCCCCAGCAAACCAACAAGAGAAAGACCAAACAAAUUCUCAGAGAGCUGAUACCCACUCUGUCAUCAACACGGUUUUUCGAAUUAAGUUUUUCGACGAGCACAGGAGAUCACGGCCACUGGCUCCCGUCUCCUAUGAUGCCGGGCUGGCAAAGCGAUCCGUUUUCCGGGCUAGGGUACGACUCGGACUCAGUUGUCAAUGCCGAUUUGAUGCGGCCUGUCGUCUUUCCAAAUCAACCAUCGGUCUCUCAAGACAGCCUGAAGUCAUCCUCUACGGAGCCGCAGGUAGAGCCUUUCGUGUCGGACAACAUCUCCAUGAGCGAAACAUCAGAUUCAUCGGCGAUUGACCCGGCCUUGCUUAAUGACAUCUUUGAUCCGACGGUGCGCACACGUUUGGAGAUGAUGGUUUCGAUUGAGAGCGUUUGGCAGGAAGUGAACCGUGAUGAACUGAACUAUUGCUUCUUUGACAAUACCCAAUAA